AUGUACCUCCACGAGCAGCUCAAGCUCGUCGGGACGGACCCCGUGCCUUUGGAGAGGGUCUCCACUUACCGAGGACUGAGCAGUCGCUCUAUCCGCACUCUCCUCGUCCACAUGCGUAACGGCGUGGGCAAGCUCUCCCUUCGCACCGAGAAUGAGGAACAGAAGUUCAUCGAGCGCCGCGAUGCUGUGUACAGCCAGGAGCUUGAGCCUCGCGCCCUACACGAGUACGAGCGG